AUGCAGAUGGAAAAUGAGUCGUCGAGGAGAGAGGAAGUUAAAUGCAUACCCACUUCUUCCGACACUUCCCCCAGAAAAGUAACGGAGGCAGAACAGCAUCUAACAAAUGAAAACCGCGGGAAAGCAUUGGACCUAUUUAAUCCUUGUGUGGUUGCCAAUGAUCGAAAUGUCAAAAUUGUGACCAAGGGUGCUCCCGUCCACCGAUCCCAGCCUAUUGACUCUGGUGGCGGUUUCUUUCUUGAUCCACCCUCCCUCUCACAAAAUCACAAAGUGGUGCAUUAUGAGAAGUCAGAGGAGGAUACCGACACGUCGGAUGACAUUGUUUGUGCGGGACAGCAGCGUCGAAGAAAACGUCGAAAAUUGCAAUCGAAGCAGUCGUUAGUUUCACCACCAUCGUCAGCUUCUGAAGCUGCACUGGUUGUUCCUCGCCCGCCAGAUGAAGAGAAGCCUGUCUGUGAUGAGUGCUUACGUGAAUUCGAUGAUUCCUACCUCUUGAGCAAUUUUGAUUGUCAGGUUUGCGAUGGGUGUAGGGAUCCUAAGGGGAUCCACACCUUAAUUACGCGUUCAACAGCUAAAGAGCGGUAUCUUCUAACUGAUGUUGAUUUGGACGUAAGAGAGCCACCACUCCGAAGAAUUUAUAAGAAGAACCCACGGAAUUCCUCGUGGGGUGAUAUGCAGUUGUUUCUUGAAGCUCAGGUUGCGGCUCGUUCACUGGAGAUUUGGAGCUCAGAAGAGAAAGUGGAGGCAGAGCGCACGAGUCGCGUCGUCAAACGUGAGAGGACCAAGUUGCGAGGAUUUCAAAAAAGAGUCAAAGAGCUUCGAAUCCAGGUGCGUAGCAGUCUGUACUCAAAGAAGUCGGUUCCACACGAACACACCUUUGGUCCCGAAGUGUAUGAUGAGAAGACAGACACCUAUUUAAAAUCCUGUACAUCUUGUGGCUGUACCAUGUCCUUUGAAAAGAUGUAA